UCCGGCGAGAGCUCGCCUCCCUUCAGCCAUCAUGUGGAUCCAGGUGCGCACCAUGGACGGCCGGCAGACCGAGCGGCUCGACAACCUUUCCAAGCUGACCAAGGUUGAGGAGCUGCGGCAGCGGAUCCAGGAGGUGUUCGGGGUGGAGCUGGAGCGGCAGCGGCUCUUCUACCGGGGUAAGCAGAUGGAGGACGGCCACACGCUGUUCGACUACAGUGUCAACCUGAAUGACAUCGUGCAGCUGAUGGUGCGGCAGGUCCCGGUGUGUGUGUCCCCGGUCACCGAGGAGAAGGACGAAGUACCGGAGGAGGAAGAAGAGGCCAAGAUGCCCGACAUAGAGCCGGAGGAAGAGAAAGAGCUCCCCUCCACCGAGCUCGCCCUGUACAAGGCCGACCAGCUGGUGGACGCCCGGGACCUGAACAUGGGAGCCUGGUUCGAGGCCCAGGUGGUGAAGGUGACCCCACACCCCUCUUCUGAGGACUUCCUCUACCACAUCCGGUAUGAGGACUACCCUGAGAAUGGGGAGGUGCAGCUGACCGAGAAGGAUGUGAGACCCCGGGCCAGGACCAAGCUGCCAUGGGAUGAUCUUAUGGCGGGACAAGUGGUCAUGGUCAACUACAACCCCGAUGACCCGAAGGAGAAGGGCUACUGGUACGAUGCUGAGAUCCUACGAAAGAGGGAGACCCGUACCAUCAAGGAGGUAUACGCCAAAGUCAUGCUCGGUGACGCCGGCGACUCCCUGGAUGACUGCAGGAUCCGCUUUGUGGAUGAGAUUUUUAAAAUUGAGGAGCCGGGCGGCGAGGACCUGUCCCCGGAGAGCCCUCCGAAGCGUCAGAACGGGCCCGAGUGCAAGCACUGCCGGGAUAACCCCAGGGUGAAGUGCCACAUGUGCGCCUGUCACAUCUGCGGGGGCAAGCAAGACCCUGAUAAACAGCUGCUGUGUGACGAAUGCGACGUGGCGUUCCACAUGUACUGCCUGGACCCGCCUCUUUCUGCCCUGCCCGAUGAGGACUGGUACUGCCCCGAAUGCAGAGUCGAUACCAGCGAAGUGGUGCUGGCUGGCGAGAAGCUCAAGGAGAGCAAAAGGAAAUCCAAGAUGCCGUCGGCCUCUUCUUCCUGCCAGCGGGACUGGGGCAAAGGCAUGGCGUGUGUUGGGCGCUCUAGAGAAUGUACCAUUGUCCCAUCCAAUCACUACGGGCCGAUACCUGGGGUGCCGGUUGGCAUGCAGUGGAAGUUCAGAGUGCAGGUCAGUGAAGCCGGGGUGCACAGGCCGCAUGUAGCUGGCAUCCACGGGAGAAGCAACGAUGGCUCCUAUUCUCUUGUGCUAGCCGGAGGUUACGAGGAUGAUGUAGACCGCGGGACUGAGUUCACUUACACCGGCAGCGGAGGCCGUGACCUCUCCGGUAACAAACGCACUGCUGAGCAGUCAUGUGACCAGAAACUCACAAACAUGAACCGAGCUCUAGCCUUGAACUGCAACGCACCCAUCAAUGACAAACAGGGCUCCGUGGCUAAGGACUGGCGAGCCGGAAAGCCCGUCCGCGUCGUGCGCAGCUCCAAGGGGAGGAAACACAGCAAAUAUGCCCCCGAGGACGGCAACCGAUACGAUGGAAUUUACAAAGUGGUCAAGUACUGGCCUCAGAAGGGAAAGUCUGGCUUCCUCGUGUGGCGUUACCUGCUCAAGAGAGACGAUGAGGAACCUGCUCCGUGGACCAAGGAGGGUAAAGAGCGAAUAAAAAAACUGGGCAUUGCCAUGCUGUACCCCGCGGGCUACCUAGAAUCCGUUGCUAAUAAAGAGAGGGAAAAAGAGAAUGACGCCAGUGCUAGCGCGCUCGAAACUCCCAGCAAAGGCAAGAGGAAAAGGAAGUCUGAGAAUGCUAAAGCUCUGGUGCCAUCUGCUGGCACUCCCAAGAAAACCAAAGUGGAAGUGUACAAACUGAGCGCCGAGCAGAAAGCUCUGAUUCACAAAGAUGAAAUCAAUGGCAAGUUAUGGAAUGACGCGCUGAGCUUCCUGAAGGAAGGACCGAAGUUCAUCAACAAGGUGGAAGAGACCUUCCUGUGCAUCUGCUGCCAAGAAGUGGUGUACGAGCCGGUCACCACCGAGUGCCUGCACAACAUCUGCAAGACCUGCCUGGAUCGUUCCUUUAAAGCCUCCGUGCAUACUUGUCCCGCGUGCAGACACGACCUGGGCAAGAACUACAACAUGUCUGUGAACAAGGCACUGCAAGCUGUUCUCAGCCAGCUCUUCCCUGGCUAUGAGAGUGGCAGAUAA